AUGGUCGCAACACAAAAGCCCUUCUUCCAGGCGCCCGCCUCGCUCGACGCCCACGCGCUCGAGCAGGUCGAGGACGCCAUUGACAAUGUCAACAUCCUCAAGGGCAAGCCCGGCAAGACGGCCAACACAGCCAAGCCCGCGGCGGCGGCAUCAGCAGCAGCAGCAACAGCAGCAGCAACACCAACGACCUACGAGUCGUCCAAGUUUGACGCCGAAAAGGACAAGGCGGCGUUCCGGCAGUACGAGUCGGCGACGGACCGCGUCAAGACGUUCUACCAGACGCAGCACGCCAACCAGACGUACGACUACAACAUGGCGAUCCGCAAGCAGUUCGCCGUGGACCUGUCGCCGGACCCGACGACGCCGCCGCGCGCCGAGCUCUCCGUCUGGGACGCCAUGCUCAAGCUCGACACGCUCGUCGACGACUCGGACCCGGACACGUCGCUGACGCAGAUCCAGCACCUGCUGCAGACGGCCGAGGCCAUGCGCCGCGACGGCCAGCCGCGCUGGAUGCAGCUGACGGGCCUCAUCCACGACCUCGGCAAGCUGCUCUACCUGCACGGCUGCCCCGAGCAGUGGUCCGUCGUCGGCGACACCUUUCCCGUCGGCUGCGCCUUCUCGCCCAAGAUCAUCCUGCCCGCCACCUUCGCCGCCAACCCCGACAGCACGCACCCCGUCUACGCGACGCCCCUCGGCGUCUACGAGGAAGCCUGCGGCAUCGAGAACCUCGUCAUGAGCUGGGGCCACGACGAGUACCUCUACCAGGUCGUCAAGGACCAGUCCACCCUGCCGCGCGCCGCCCUCGCCAUGAUCCGCUACCACAGCUUCUACCCCUGGCACCGCGAGGGCGCCUACCGCGAGUUCAUGGCCCCCGGCGACGACGAGCUGCUCGACGCCGUGCUCGCCUUCAACCCCUACGAUCUCUACAGCAAGAGCGAUGACGCGCCCACCGUCGACGAGCUGCGGCCCUACUACCAGGACCUCAUCGACGAGUACUUUCCCAAGCGCGUCAUCCGCUGGUGA